AUGGAAAAUUCUGUCAGGUGUGCCCAGAGGAAGAGCUUCAGUCAGGAAGUAGACGACGGUCUUUUAGAUUUCAUGAUUCCCAGGCCAAUCGAGCAAAAUUCUGUUGGGAGGAAGGGAAUUUACCGUCAAUACCAUGUGGUCAAGCCUUCGACAACCCUGCAACAGUAUCGGAAGCUUGCCUUGAGCCCUGCAAGAAGACCGCCGAGAGGAGACGCUGCCAUGCUGGAGCGGCGGUUCUGGACGAGUCUAGGGACAGAAGCUCUUUCUCCUCCGGUCUACGGCGCUGACGUCGUGGGUUCAUCGUUAUUUGAGGACAUGGCUGGGGAGUGGAAUCUAAAGGAAUUGAAGACGAUGCUGCAAGGGCGAGUGCAGGCGCUUCCAGGCGUGACCUCCUCCUCUCUCUACGUGGGGAUGUGGCGAACCACGUUCGCGUGGCAUACGGAAGACUACGAGCUGGGGGCGAUCAACUUCAACCACAUGGGAGCCAGGAAGCAGUGGUACGCGGUACCGCGAAGCGCGAGAGCUCGCUUCCAGGCUCUAUGCGACGAACUUUUCCCUCGUGAAAAGAGAAAGUGCGAGGCGUACAUGCGGCACAAGACCUUCAUGAUCGCUCCUUCUCGGCUGCGAGAGGUUGGAAUCCCGGUCUUCUACUGCAUCCAGGAGCCUGGAGAGUUUGUCAUCACCCUACCAGGAGCAUUUCACUGUGGAUUCAACCAUGGCUUCAACAUCGCUGAGGCCUGCAACUAUGCCGUGCCGUCCUGGAUCCCACUUGGUCUGCAGGCUACUCGCUGCAUCUGCCGCCCAGGAACCGUCGAGAUUGACAUGCGAGUCUUCAAGGAGGAAGGUCAGCGGGAGGUUGAGCAUCAAGAA